CAAUACCAGUGGAUACGUGCUACUUUCGAUAGGUCUACCGUGGCAUAAAAUAUUUCUGGCAAUCUCAAUUGCGAGAUUGAAACGCGUGAAACAUGGAACAAAAUGCAAAGCCUAAACGCUCCUUUAAGCGUCCAUUUGCCUUUCCCAAAAACUGCGUUUACCGUCCGCUGCGCCAGAUAAGCAACAUGGAGCGUAGCCUCAAGCUGCCCGCCGAACGACCCACCUACUUCACGCUCAAUGCACCGCCCUCGUUGGUUCCGGCCAAGAAGUACUCCGAUAUCAGCGGCCUGCCCGCUCCCUAUGCCGAUCCGCAUACAAAACUUAGGUUCGCCAACGCCGACGAGUACGCGUCCAUGCAGCACAUGCCCUCGGACAUCAUCAAUGGCUACCUCACAGUGCGCGGCUAUACGAGCGCCGUGGGAUAGUUCGGUCGAUCUAUAUACUCCAGGUACUCACUGUGUUCCGACCCUGGAGGCCUUGCGAUCCGACUACCACUCAUAAUGGGCAAUUACAGCGCUGCUGACCUUACUCUUACUGGCAUUGCGUGCGAGGCUGUUGCUUUCAAGUGAUUUGAUUUGCUUCCUGGCUGGAAAACCGCGUUCAAGGGGAGUUACAUCCACAAUUACCAUAUAUGCAUAUGCUACCUAAAAGGAGAUAAUCUUUGUCAAUUAGUUAUAGAGAUUUGUCGCUAGUUUGACCGCAACAAUAGAUUAGGUAAUUCCAAGGUGAGCUGAAAACCUUGGAGUUUUAAAAUUGUCAAAAUUAACAAAACAGGUGUAAAGCGCCAAGAAAAAAAAAACAUCCUAAUGGGAAAAACAAACAUUUAUACAGCCGAUUCGUGCAACUUUGUUGUAGUUUCAAUUAAAGACUAACAGAUUAAUAAAGUGUUAAGUUAACCAGCUAUAC